UUCUCGUUUGCCACGUCAAACUAUUUCAAGCUUUAAAGUUUUUACCGUCAGCCCAAAGGCCAUAUGUUGUCAUUUUAAAAAUAAUUUAAAAAAAAAAAAAGUAUUUUAUUUUGGGGGAUCCAGGGACAGGAUGUUUGCUAUUUUUUUGUCACUAAACGCCCUUUGUCCUUCGUUGUCAUAGUAACCAGGCAACAAAGUAGCGACCUCUUUUAGAAUUCUUGAACUUUUAUCGCUGUGGGGAGGAAGGUUGAUGCCAAACAGGCCUCGCUUCUUCACGCCCGCUCAGGUGGCGGCUCACAAUACAGCGGCCGACCUGUGGGUGUCCUUCCUGGGCAAAGUCUGUGACCUGACCCCCCUGAUGAAGCAGCAUGAGGGCGAUGUUUUGCUGCUCCCAAUCAUGGAGUUUGCAGGAAAGGACAUCAGCAGCUGGUUCGACCCCGAGACCAGAGAUGUGUUGACGUUUGUCCACCCGCUGACCGACUGCGUGAGCUACUACACGCCGCGGGGUCGCUUCGUGCACAUCCCACCGGCUGGCCCCCGUUCCGACUGGGCCAGCGACAUCGAGCCGGCCUGGUGGAAGGACCGGCGCUACGAGGUGGGACGGCUGUCCGCCAAGACCAGGUGGAUACGCGUUAUCAACACCCUGACGUCGCAGGAGCAGCGGCUGGAGGUGUGUUCCGAGGAGACGCUGGCCGAGAUCCUGGAGCGCUACCUGCCGUACAAUUCGCACGCGUGCAGCUACACGUGGAAGCACAACGGCGCCAGCCUGGACAUGAGCAAGACGCUCAGUCAGAACGACGUACCCGACGACGACGUCAAGCUCCAGAAGCUCCGUCUCGACUGCGAUCUCUUCACGCCCGCCAUCCUCCUACACUUCAACGACGACUUGACUGAGGGAUGAAUCUGUCAAUCGCGCCGUCUCGUGUUGACAGGGAUGAGCUCAUUUUAGCAAUAAAGCAUGUGUUUCAA